AGAAAGAGAAGUUUCUUUUUAUUUUUAUUUGCAAGUUAUUUUUGUCAUGUGACAAAAGCUUUUUCGAAUUUUUAAAUAUUACGAAAUGAAAUUUCGUGGGAAAAUAGGUAUUUAAAACAAAAAGAAAAAAAAACAAGAUAAAUCUACUGAAGACACCUCUAUAAUGCCCUUUUCCGGUGGUGAGCCCUCAGCCGAGGCUACUGUCCGGCGAUUCUGUGAAAUUCGCCAUGGCUUUCAUCAAGCUUGUCAAGAACAAGGCCUACUUCAAGAGGUACCAGGUCAAGUUCAAGAGGCGCAGGGAGGGAAAGACUGACUACUAUGCCCGUAAGAGGUUGGUUGUUCAGGACAAGAACAAGUACAACACUCCCAAGUAUCGCCUGAUCGUCCGCUUUACCAACAAGGACAUCAUUUGUCAGGUAGCGUACGCCCGUCUGGAGGGAGACGUGAUCGUGUGUGCCGCAUACGCCCACGAGCUGCCCCGGUACGGCGUCAAGGUCGGGCUCACCAACUACGCGGCUGCUUACUGCACCGGCCUGCUGAUCGCGCGCCGGCUGCUCAAGAAGAUCGCCCUCGACACCGUCUAUGAGGGCAACCAGAACGUGGACGGCGACGACUACCUGGUGGAGCCGGUGGACGACGGUCCGGGCGCGUUCCGCUGCUACCUGGACGUGGGUCUGGCACGCACCACCACCGGCGCCAAGGUGUUCGGUGCCAUGAAGGGCGCCGUCGACGGCGGACUGGACAUCCCGCACAGCAACAAACGCUUCCCCGGCUACGACGCCGAGGGCAAGAGCUUCGACGCCAAGGUGCACCGCGACUACAUCUUCGGCCAGCACGUGGCCAACUACAUGAGGCACCUGCAGGAGGACGACGACGAAGCGUACAAGCGCCAGUUCGCGCGCUUCAUCAAGCUCGGCAUCACUGCUGACGGCAUCGAGGGUAUGUACAAGAAGGCGCACGACGCCAUCCGUGCCAACCCCGAGUACAAGCCGGCGCCCAAGAAGAAGGUGGAGAAGAAGCGCUUCGGCGAGAAGAAGCUCACCUACGAGCAGCGCAAGGCCAAGGUCAAGAAGGUCAAGGAGGAGUUCCUCAAGCAGCUGGAGGCCGGAGAAGACGUCGACAUGUCGUGAUGGCUUUUUCGCUCUGCGCGGAAAUAAAGUAUCCGACCGUGAUCCUGUGUAUAUCGAUUUCUCCGGCUGGGCUGUGAGGUUUAUAAUAUAUGUGCUGACUUGUCA